UGUAGCUUAGUAGAUUGGAAAACUUAACCUUACAAAUGCCAUUCGAAAGUCAUUAAAAGAAAUUUUAAUAUUACUAUUUUCUUUGUACUUAUAAUCUUUAAACUCAAUGUAUUUCGAACAACAAAGAUUAAAUAUUACCGAAACAUGACUGUAUUUUGAAAAAAUAAAAAAUCGAACAAUUAGUUAUAAAUAAUUUCAAAAUAUAACCUCAAAGGAUGAAAGAUUUAAGUUAAUUACAAAUAUUAUACACUAUGUCAGGUUUAGAUUUGUUAAGUACGUACGCUUCUGAUUCUGAAGAAGAUGAAAUUAACGAUAACAGUAAAUCUGAGGAAAAUUCUAAACGAUUACCUUUGCCUAGAAGCAUUACAUCAUGGAAAGGUGUUCCUCAUCAUGAAGAAGUAGAUGAUAAUCCAUUGCAACAUGAGGGAAGAGUAAGAAGUUUUAAACAUGAACGUGGUAACUGGGCUACUUUAAUUUAUAUUGGCUAUAAACCCAGCGAGGAUAUGCUCUCAUGGAUGUUUUCAGUUUUGGGAGAAGUUCCAGUUAAAUGUAAUAUAUUUUCUGAAGAAUUUCAUAUUAGUCUAUCAAGAACUUUAAUUUUAAAGUUUCAUUGGAUUGAAUCCUUCGUAGAGGAGAUCAAGAAGUUAUGUGAGCAGACAGAUCAGUUUAAUUUGGAGCUUCUAAAUGUACGGGCAUAUACUAACGAGGAAAAAACUCGAACAUUUCUUGGGAUAGAAUGUAUCGAUUGUAAAGGAGUCCUUGGUCAUUUUGUGAAAAAUGUUAAUAAGUUCCUUGCUGAAUAUGAUUUACCAGCUUUUUAUGAAGAUUCUUCUUAUCAUGUAAGUUUUUUAUGGUGUCUUGGCAAUGAACUGUCAGUUCUAGAUGAUCAAGCACACUUUUUGACUAUUAAAUUAAAUCAAUUUUUGAUUGAACAUGCAGAGGCAAGAUAUAUAAAUGUCACUAAAAUAUAUCUUAAGAUUGGAAACAAGUUAUAUGUUUUUAAACUGAGGUAACAAAUAAUAAUAAUUGAUACGAAUUAAAUGUAAAAUACUGAUAAUAAAAAAGUUACACUAUAAUAUAA